AUGACUGCCUACGAAAACGAAGGAAUCAGUGUCAAAGACACCCAAAACUCCUCCACCUCAACCGAGGACUACGAUAAUGGCCACUUCGGCCCCUUAGCACACGUCAACACGGCAUCAAGCCGCUACCCUGCCUUCGGCGGUGAUUUGCAACCGGGUCUAUACAAACUGCCCAAGGAUCGCAAGCUCGCCAAUCCCGCCCCAUUGGGUCUCUGCGCUUUCGCUCUCACUACUUUUGUUCUGGGCUGUCUCAACAUGGGCGUUAGAGGUAUCACCGAGCCAAACAUAGUCGUCGCGCCUGCCUUGGCUUACGGCGGUCUUGUGCAGCUCCUAGCUGGCAUGUGGGAAAUGGCCGUCGGAAACACCUUCGGUGCAACCGUCCUCUCGUCGUAUGGCGGUUUCUGGAUGUCACUGGCCAUCACCUUCAUUCCCGGCGGGUUCAAUAUCAUGGGUGCUCUCGAAAAAGCCGAUGGCGGGUCUCCAACUAUGUUCUACAAUUCCUUCGCGCUGUAUCUAUUCGUAUGUUUACUUCCCUUACUUCCAUUCCCCUUUGACAAAUCACAAAUCCCAGCCACAUCCCUACAGAAAACAGAUGCUAAUGUUUCUCAGGGCUGGUUCAUCUUCACAACAAUCGUCACAUCCCUCACCCUCAAAUCAACCGUAGCCUUCUUCUCCCUCUUCUUCUUUGUCGAUAUCGCCCUUCUCCUGCUGGCCCUCGGGUACUAUUUCAACGAGGGCGGAAUGCCGAAUCACAACUUGAUCAAGGCUGGCGGUCUUUUUGCGCUUCUGGGCGCCUUCUUGGCUUGGUAUAAUGCUUUCGCCGGUAUGGCGGAUGAUAGUAAUAGCUUCUGGUUGCCGCCUGUUAUUCACUUCCCUUGGUCGGAGAAGGCGCGUGCUGCUAGACGGGAUUCUGCUGGGGACUCUGUUUAA